UUGAUUGAUUGAUUGAUUGCCUUCGUUCUUUCUCAAUAAAAUUAGGAAAGCCGCAAAAUAUAGAUCAAGAGUAAAAUCCUGCAACUUUUAGACGUGUCUCUGCUUCACCUGAAUCAAAUAAUGAGGUCAAUAGCAGGACUCUGAAGAACUUGGCUGCAUACUGAUGAGGUGAUUGAGCAAUUUAAUUCAGGUGUGAUGGACCAGAGACUAUCUAAAAGUUGUAGGACAUACACCGUCUGGAUUUGAACCCCUGAAGUCAAAUAAAGUCUAAUGUAGUGUACAAUCUAGCUUGGAAAGUUUCUUUUAAGAAAAUGUUAAAACAACCUAAUUUAUAUGGUGGGGAUGAUAACAGUGGUUGUUAAUUCACUAAAAUUGAGCUCAUAUGUAAACUAGCUACUGUUGAACAUUGAACAUGGUUUUAAGAUUUAAUUUUCUAAUUUCUUUUUAUAUGUGCCUUUUUAUUUGAAACUCUAGUGGUACCUUGCAGUUGUCUAGCAGUGGUCUACCAGUUUGGGUUGUAUAAAAUUCUGUUUUGCAGCAAUACAGUAGACUGGCACUCUGUGAACCAGAGGUGUCUUUGAAAGCUGGAGCCCACAGGGCACCGCCUAUAGACUGGUGUAGUCUUCAUCCCAUCCACUGGGGGCUUGUAUUUUUUAUUAUUGCGGGAUUAGAAAGCGUUAUUCCAAUAUGGAGGAACCAGGUCAUAGAUCUACUACAGUGUAGACUCCUACGCCCCGAGUCUCCCCUUGCAGUUCAUUGGUCCAUGAGCGGGUUCAGCACCACACAGGGUGAACAGCGACACUCCGCAGUUUCGUCGGAUGAGGAUGCCGCGGAAGCUGCUCAACACGGUUACUAUGACACCGGGUUUCUUCUUCUUUUUUUACUCUGCAUGACACUGUUCCAUCCAUCCAUAGGAAGUACUCCCAGCCAGGACAUUUCUCAGUUUGAUCGGCGGAUUCGUCUUGUCUUCAGAGAAGAUUUUGCGUCGCGGAUGUUCGGAUGCUUCUCAGAUUUCCUUUAUUUCGUCGGGUCUGCUUCGCUUCGAGUCCAAAGGCAUGACGGACUCUACUAACACCAUCCCGCGGGUUCAGUCCAGCUGCUUCAUCUUCUCAUGCACAACGCCGCAUCCGCUAUCACAGCUGCCGCCGCCCGAACACCGGGUCUCCCAGCCGGCGCCCUGGUGUCCGCCGGUCCCCCAAAGCCUCUUAUGACAUGACAACUCCGGGCAGGAGGAGCAGGAUCAAAGGUUGUGGGUAGGGGUUGCAGAAGGAUGGGUCAGAUCCUCAAGGAAAGGGUGCGAAGAAACUGAAAGUUUCCCUUUGAGAGUCAGAGAAGCGCUCGACUGGUGUGGAGUCUCCAGAGGGGUCAGAAAGUCCCCGUGAUCCUUCUUCUGAUCUGUAUACCUUCAGCGUGGUGACACCCACCUCUGCCUCCCAGUCUCAUCUGAUGUACGGCCUCAUAGUGUUGAUACUGGUCGAGUCCCAGCCAGCUGCGAGGUUCCCCGGGCCUGUGAGGUUCUCCUUCUCCUGCGCAGUCAUGGGCUGCAUUCAGAGCAUAGCCUGCAACAAGUCGCGAAUCAAGCGGGAGAACAUCGUGGUGCACGACCUGUCCGCCACCAUAGACCACUGCCCGACUGUCAUCGAGGAAAACUCCCCCAUUGUGCUCCGAUACAAGACGCCCUACUUCAAAGCCGCCGCGCGGAUUGUCAUGCCCCCCAUUCCGCGCAACGAGACCUGGGUAGUGGGUUGGAUCCAGGCGUGCACUCAGAUGGAGUUUUACAACACCUACGGAGACAUCGGCAUGUCGAGCUGGGAGCUGCCUCAAUUGCGGGAAGGUCUGGUGAGGGCCAUCAGCGACUCCGACGGCAUCAGCUACCCCUGGUACGGAAACACAACGGAGACCGUCACCAUAGUGGGCCCCACCUCCAAGCCGUCCCGCUUCACAGUCAGCAUGAAUGAUAACUUUUACCCCAGUGUCACCUGGGCCGUGCCGGUCAGCGAGUCCAACACGCCGUUGCUGACCAACAUCAAGAGGGAUCAGAGCUUCACCACCUGGCUGGUGGCGCUGAACACCACGUCCAAGGAGAAGAUCCUGCUGCACACCAUCAAGUGGCGGAUGAGGGUGGACAUAGUUGUGGAUCCGGCCCAGCCUCUGGGCUCCAGAGCCAGGCUGGUGGGCCGGCUGUACCAGGAACAACCGCGGGUGUUGAGCCGCAUGGAGCCCGUCCCUCCAAACGCCAUGGGGAAGCCGAACGCCAACGACGCCCAGGUUCUGAUGUGGAGGCCCAGGAGAGGUCCUCCGCUUGUUGUCAUACCGCCUAAAUAGAGCCAAGAGAGGCUCUUCAGAACCGUUUCUUUUUCUACGACGUCACAGAGAGCCACACACGACUGAAACUGAUGAUGAAAGACCGAAGCAGAGUUAAGUAUUUAAUUGUUGAAUCGGUGUUAAAACUCUGCCUUAAUUCCCCGCCGCUGCCUUUGAACCAUCCAGAAGGUUUCAGCCUCUGGUGCUGCUGAACUGCGGAGCGUACGGAGGUGCACUCUGACCCAGCACACCCGAGCGGAGCGCCGCUUAACUCUGAGAAAACACCGUCAGUGCUGGGAUGUAUCAUUAAUCUUCGAUGUAGCUCCUCAGGCUCAAGAGGAGCCUUGACACAGGCGGUUAUACACGAAAAGGUUUACAGCCUUAAAGAUCCUCCUGAGGGAAAGUUUUGGAGGUGAAGGUGAAAUCUAAGACAACUCCAUCGUGGGGGGGAUUAAUUGAUCGUUUUCAUGUCAGAUGGAUGAUGUGAAUGUAGGUAUUCAGGUGUUUUUGUCUGUGCAGAUGUGUUUUUUUUAUGACGGCUGCGUUCGGGGUUGCUGCUGUCACACCAGACUGCCUCAAACACUCCAGAGGCCUCAUUCAGGUUAGUUUUACUUUCAACUUUCAGAUCACAGGAAACAGACAGACUCGACACGUACACAUCCUCAAGGACACACUGACACGUGAAUGAAGCCUACAGAGAGAUUCUCCUUUUCCAACAGUGACUUCAUCCAAGCUUCCCAGUUGCUCCAAGUUCUGCCUUCGCAAAGCCAGAGAUGCCUGCCGAUGUCGACAGUGAAGCCGGAUUUUUUAUUUUUUUAUUUUAUUUAUUUUUGGUGGGAUUUUCAGGCCCCUCGUAUUAGAUUUGGAGAGAAUGAAGAUGUAAAGGACGCAAACGUACCCCGAAAUGGUUUGACUGUUUGUUACUAAGGGAAAUCAGUAGUAUACCACCAUGUCGAAUCAAAACUACAUGCCUCAUCAUCAAACCCUCUGCCUCCCUUUUCACCUCCAUAAAUUCAUGGUCCUUCGUCAGUAUUACUUACAGGGGCUUUAUGCUGCUUUUGGCUCCCAGGGGGCGCUGUGUUAGGACUGGUAUCAUGACACGGAUGGGGUGUAGUAGAGUUUGGGGGUUGGGAAUGGCGUAUAGGAACUCUAAACUCCUCAGUUUUCCUCUCUACCUUGCCUGUCGCUCUUAAGCUUUGCAUCCCAUCUUAAAAUGCGGUUUAAAAAUCUGUCUCUACAAUCGACUACUUGCUUUAAAAACUCGUUAUCGUAGUUUUUAUGUCUCCGAAGGUAAACCAGAGAGCGCAUUCCAACUAUUGAGGAAUUGCAUUUCUCCUGCCUCUCUGGGGGAAAUUUGCUCUUCCCGCUUUUGCAUAGCAAGAUCCAACUGAUCCAACUGGGGUCAGGAUUAUCAGUAAGGGUUGCACCAGUACAUGCAUAAAUGCAUCAGUCAGUAUUAUUGGUGCCUUUUCUGGUUGGUAAGCUGCACAUCUUGUGUGUUUCACCUCCUGAUAUCUGUGGUGGAUUUAUUCUGUGGUCAGGGAUGACCACGUUUCCCUUCAGCCUGAAGGACACAGAGUAACCAACUUGAGUUUUUGUUUUAAUAUUUGAGUAGAAUUUAAAGUUUUUCAUAAUCAUGUCCAUAAACACUUUACCUCCAGCCUUAUUUAUGUUUUGUUUUUAGGGGAUUUUUUGUUUGUUUUUGUAAUUUUCCCCUUGCAUUUCAAAGUUUUGAGAGGCUGUAGUUUCUUUACUGACUUUUGUCAGUUUGGAAGUGUCUUUGUGGCGACCAUAAGAUUUCUUUUACAGACCAGUGUUUUUCAUACGGUGUUGUCAGCUGGAAGAGUUUUAAUUUUGUUUUGUAACCCAUUCCUCUCACCCCCCCUCCCCUUCUGUUGUGUAGAAAUGUCCCAAGAUUUUCUGAAUCUUUCUGUGGAGGUUGAAAAAGGAAAAUGUUCACUUCAAGCAAAUUCGUCUUUGAGGAUUUCCCACAAAGCUCUAAACCGGUUCUCCCUCCUGAUUCUUCAAAAGUCAGUUUCCUUUUUAUAUUCAGUCCUAUUCCUGAUCUGUAAAAAUCUCCAGUACAAAAUUGCUGGCAGGCUAAUUGUGAUUAAAUAUGCUUUAAAAUAGUUAAAAAACCUUUUUUUUUUUCCACGUAGGAUUUAAAAUAGCUCACAGCGCCAUGUUUUUGAAAUAUUAUACACAUUUAUUUGCUCCUCACCCAAUAAAUUGCAGAGCACUAGAUUUCCUUCAUAAGUGCUUUUAAACGCUGUGGGACUUUGCACUUAUGGCUGCUGUCAAAAUGCAAAAGUACUCAAGUGUGAUACGAAUAUAUUAAUAUUUACCACGCUCCCCAUCUCAGUGUAACCACUGAAUAUUUCAAAGAAGCCAAAAAUGAGAAAAUUACUAGGAAAUUUGCUCUCGACUCAAGUCAACCCAUUUCACGAUGCCUUGCAAAAUAUUUCUAUCUGUUGAUGUUUUCCUUAAAACAUUUUGUCAUGCGACAAUGAUGAAAAAAAUGAGAUAAGAAAUCCAUGUUGAUGAAUCAUGUGCAAUCAAAAUAAUCAAUUAAACAAAAGACAGCUGCAUGACUUACUCCACAUCUGUCCCUAAUCAAUAAUCAAUGUUCACAUGAAAGGUAAAUGCCCCACCCAAACACAAGCCACCAAACCUUGACAUGUUUUAUUGGGAGUGUAUUUAUAUGAAACCUCACCUAAUUUAUUAAUCCUAUGACCUCUGAAGGUCGCACUGGAUUUUAUUUAAAGGAAUCAGAGUAAAGGAGGCUGAAUACAAGUGCAUUUCACAUGUUUUUGUAGAUUUAUAGACCCAAAGAUACACUCAGAUUUCAUUGGUGUAUCAUAAAAAACAAGUAACAAAACGUGAAAAAUACGACAGUGUAGGAAUGCUUUUGAAAGGCAUUGUAAGGCUGACUUUACGCUCAUGACAAUCCAUUUAAAAGUGGUCCUGAAUUGCUGCUCAAAACCCAAACAGAUAAAUUCAAAAAGACGUCCUAGUGAAUUAAAAACAGUCACAGUUCCUCUUCUGGCGUCAUGUCUUUUUCUAAACUGCUAUUACAAAAAAAAAAAGAAAAAGAAAAGAAAAAGAAUGUCACUUGUUUGCCAAUUGUUUAAUCAGUCCAUUCCGCCUCAUCGACACAAAAAAAGACCCGGACGGAUCACGGAGGAGCGCCGAGCCCAGCCAGAGGAGGAAUGGACGACGUUCCCGCAAAAAUCGCUCCCAUGCUGCUUCUUCAUCGUGGCGCCAACUGAACGAGGCUUCACAGACCGACACACACCUCACCGUCAGAGAGGCGGGCAGCCGGGUGUUUUGGAAAACGGAUACGCCUACCUUUAACCUCGACCCGGGAGCGGCCGGGUGAAAAAUCUGAGGAUUCAAACUUCUGAAGUCACGCCGACAAUCAGGAAAACCCCCCACCCCCAACAUUGCAGCACUUGUGACCGAGGAGUUCAUUAUUGUUCAACGAAUCGUGGCUUUUCUAGUGUAAAAAUAGUGACGACUGUAAUGUUUUAAUGAGGAAAAAUAAAUUGAAAUAUAUUUAUAUCCGAUCAUAUCUGCUGCCUGUGUGUACGAGGGUUUCAAAAGUAUAAUUUUCUCUAUAAAGGAGUCUUCAUAAGGAGAAUUAUAGGUUAAUUAUUUAGUGACGUCAACUCAGAAUAUCAGGCUUAUGUUCUUGAAUUUCUUUCCAUUUUACCAAACCGCACAAAAAAAAACUCUCCAUAUUGUCACCUUUAUAUUGUGUUUUAAUACAUUCCAAUCUGAAUAUAACUGUUAAUGUGUUGCACAGCAGAAAGGUUCAAACAGGAGCCACACAAUAACCCAUACUCAUAAGUUACACACUGUCCUUACAGAAAAGCUUCACAUGUAGAUAAUUAAGAUAAACUUAAUAUUUAUACCCGCUUUAUACCAACGUAGCUCAGAAAACAAAAACAUAAUGAAUCAUAAAUUCCCUAAAAGGAUUCUGUGUUUGAUUAUUUGGCCACAGAGUCAAUACAAUAUACUGCAAAAA